CAGGGAGCAGGCUGAAUGCUGCAGAACAGAGGAAUCAGAGAGCAGGAGGGAGUAGAGAGCUGGAAGGAGAAGGGGUGCUGCACCCCAGAUCAGGUGCUUACAUUUAGGGAGCAGAGCAGGAUGCUGCGUGCUGUACCAGUUCUGGAAGGAAGACAAGAAGAAGCAAUGGAGGUCCCUGUUAGCCCAUCAGGGAGUCGUUUGCCAUGGGAGGGCUUCUCAGCUUGGCUGGAUGGCAUCUGUGUGGUUACAUUCGAUCUGGAAAUAGGCCAGGCAAUGGAGCUUGUGUAUCCACAGAAUGUCAAGCUUACAGAAAAAGAGAAAACCAGCAUCUGCUACUUAUCUUUUCCAGACUCUUACUCGGGGUGUCUAGGUGACACUCAGUUUACAUUCCGUAUGCGACGCUCUGCAGGGCAGAGACUCUGUCCAUUUCAGGAAAAUGAAAAGUACAACAGAGAGACUCCAGUAACACUGCAGAGAGAUGGUGCACAUUUCUAUGGAUAUGUCUAUUUCCGUCAAGUAAGAGACAGCUCUGUAAAGAGAGGAUACUUCCAGAAGUCACUGGUUCUUCUCUCUAGCCUGCCUUACACCAAUCUGUUUCAUACAAUCCUGCAGCUUAUAGCACCUGAGUACUUUAAUAAACUGGACCCAUGUCUAGAAGCUGUUUGCAAUCAGAUUGACCGCUGGCCUCUGCCUGAACCAGGAGUUCUACUGUCUCUUCCUAUAAUGGGACUUGUGCUGCAGGUUAGGAUCCCAAGUCGAUCAGACCUAAUGGACACUAAUGUUAUUAAUGAACAUCAAGAGGACCAUCUGGAGCCUCCAAGUCACUCCCUCAUUGUUCAUGAUGUGGAUCUCUUCAGGUCCUUGCAGUCUGUUUUGAUGAACCUACAGAUGCUUUGGGAACUGGUUCUGUUGGGAGAACCGCUGGUUGUUAUGGCGCCUUCACCAACAAUCUCCUCAGAAAUAGUUUUGGCACUGAUAAGCUGUAUCUCUCCAUUCAAGUUCAGCUCAGAUUUUCGGCCUUACUUUACUAUCCAUGACAAUGAGUUCAAAGAGUAUACCACCAGAACACAGGCUCCACCCAGUUUGCUGCUUGGAGUGACCAAUCCAUUCUUCAUCAAGACGCUGCAGCACUGGCCGCAUAUCCUGCGUGUAGGAGAGCCAAGGAUGUCGGGAGAUCUGCCCAAACAGGUAAAGCUGAAGAAGACAGCAAAGUUAAAGACACUAGACACUAAAGCAGGAAUGUAUACUUCAUACAAACCUUUUCUUCACAAAGACAAGACACUGAUCAAACAGCUGAUGAAGGGACUUCAGAAGAAACUUCCAUCCUCUACACUCAGUUCAAUUCUCAGGAAACACCUGUUUGAACUGACCCAGAGCUUCAUCCUUCCACUUGAGCGGUACAUGGGUAGCCUGAUGCCACAUCACAGCUCAAUCACUGCCUGGAAAAAUCCACCUCAGGUACGGCCAUUCCAGCAGGAGGAACUGAUGAAGAUGCUUGAGCACACUGGCCCACAGAUAAAUUCACCUAUAAAAGGGGAUUGGGUGGGUCUCUACAGGCGCUUCCUCAAGUCUCCUCAUUUUGAUGGCUGGUACCGUCAGAAGCAACGAGAGAUGAGAGAAAGACUGGAGACUGCGCAUCUCAAAGUUAUUUGUGAAGCUAAUAUUUCAGCAUGGAUAAAGAACAAAUCAGAAGUGGAAAUUGUAGAUCUGGUGCUCAAACUCAAGGAUAAAUUGCAAAGGGCCUACAGACAACAACUCCCUGUCAGCGCUGCUUCCCUGGCCAGGCUGAAACAUCACAUUGAUGCUGUUAUCUGCUCACUUCCUGAAGACCUGCAGAGCAUCCUGCAUCCUCACUGAGAAACGCAAAGAGCAAUUUGCUGUCUGCUCAGAGAUCUGCAAAGCAAUCUACAGUGCUCCUUGGAGACCAGCAAAGCAUUUUUCCAUCAUUAAGAGGUCAACCACGUUUCUGCUUCCUCACUUAGAAGUCUUUAUCACAAUAGAACCACAGAACAGCAAGUCUGCCAUUUAAUACAUCUUGAAUUUCAGCUCUCCAGCAACACAGUACUAGAGAAAUCUUUUACAUGUUUCAUUAUCUUAGGUAGCUGUCGAGCAUUCUCCCAACAUUUCUCAUCUACAAAGCAUUUAACAUAAUUUAGGAGUUAUCUACAGAGAAUGCUGCAUAUGUUGCAAUUUAGCAUUUUCCAUUUUAUCACACAUUGUACACCAACAUUUCCUCCUGGGCUUCAGCAGUGUUUAUAUGCUAAAAUACAGUAUAGGCAUGGUUUAUUUUAUCCAGAAUUCUUGGAACCUGGGAUGAUUUGUAUAGUGGGUCUUUCUGUAAUAUGGAGCACUGUGCCUUAAAGUGGAAUUGUUUUCUUUGGUGCAAGCAUUAGUGCAUGUAAACAACAGAAGUUGUACAUGUGUUUGCAAUGUAGUGCCAUUCUGUACUUCCACCAUAAGUAUCGCUUCUUUUUUAGAGCAGGGCCAAGAAUUUUCACAUACUACUUGGUCCAGAACCCUGCCUUUACACACCCCACCCGCUCACUCAAACCCCCAACCCCAAGGUUCACAAUGGCCUUACUCACUUACCUACUCCCCCAGUUGUGCCCCAGGUACAUGCCUUUCCUGCCUACCUCUAGUUCUGGCCCUGGUUCAUGUUGGUUUUCAUUUUAUACCUAGGCUCAUCGCAUAAGUUGUGGUCGUUUUGCCCAACAUAUUAUUAUAUUUCUAAAACUGUUCAAAAUUAAAAUUCCAAAACUCCGACAUUGCCUGCUUUCCAAAUCCCAUUGCUUAAGAAACGAUCGUAUAUUUCCUAAGUACACAUUGUCUUAAAAGUUUCAAGUUGUCAAAACAAUUCCUCCAUAUUGUUAUUAGAAUUGGAUAUAACUCUAUUAGAAUGUUCUGCUAACAAUUGCUUUAAUUUUGGAGCAGAUUAACAUCACCUUUAAAAUUAAGCCCAUUAUUUGAAGGAGAGAAGGGGGAGCCAGUGUGGAAGUGUUAAAACAGUGAGUCCAAUGUGGAGUCUAAACAGUGAGUAAAAAACAAAGAAACCUACUUUUUCAGUACUUGGUGGUGCCAUGGGGAAAUGAUUGUUUUCUAUAAAACAAACAGCCUACUUUGGCCUUAGCCCAACAAUUCGUCAGGUAACAUGAGCUCUGAAAAGGACAGACUCCUUAUGUGAAUUAUAUAUGCCUUAUGACCAGAAAAGGAGAAAAUGGCCAAAGCCUACUUUCUGGAAAUUAACACACAUAGUACAUACAUACAGUCUAUGAGAAUGGCUAAACGAGCCAUUGGUAAAUAUACAUUGUCCCCGUUUGUUUGCUAGCAAGACACAAAUUUAUUAGCUGCCAAAGUGAGCACAAAUUCCGAAAUUGCUGAAAUAGUAAUGUAUUAUGGUAUAUUUUUUGUCAAUUUCACAGAAACAAACAAAGUCUGUCGUAAAUAGCACUUACACAUAAGGCAUAUAUUCUAUAUUUCCAAGAUCUGCCUUGAUCAGUGCUGCACCACUUGUGAGGCAACACAAACGUACAGAAGGCUCAAAAGAUUAAAUAGUAUUAUUUUUCUUUGCUUUGUCGCUGCUGAGAAUAUUUGCAGGAUUUACUUAACAAGACUAGAUGUUUGAACAGCACAUAUAUUUUGGAUAAUCGUACGUAGAAAUUAAACUGUAUUAUUUGUUUUUUUUCUGCAUUAUUGCCAGGAAACUUUCAGUACAGGUACAAACACCAAUUUAUUGCUGGUUCACUAUAUAUCUAUAUAUUUAUCUACUUUGUAGUAGAACUAGGUCUCUAUAAUAAUGAUGUUAUACUGAAUUGUAAAGAGCAUUUUCCUAGAGUCCUGCAUGAGCUGUUAGUCAUCCUUUGGUGUUCCAGAUGUGACAAAAAAGCUUCUAACAAUACUAUCAAAGCUUGUUGGAGUUGUAAGAGUUAUAUAUGGGGCACCAGUUGUCUAAUCCUGCUCCAUAUCUUUUACUCUUGUAAAUACUCUGCAUGUACACACAAUUGCAGCUUUGUGUUGUAGUCAAAUACCCCAAACCUUUUCAACAGCUACACUGCCAUUGAGUGCUACAUUCUGUGGAGUCAGUAACCUGGGAUAGCAUAUUGAAUGUUAAUUUAUGUGGAAAAUCCCAGAAGUAGAAGUCAUUGCCUUUCACACUUGUCUUGAUGCUUUUUAAAUGGUACAUGUGGUAAAUGGUAACAUGGGAAGUAAUAUAUUGUUCUUGGUAGUGCUGUCUUUCUCCAUGUAUAAAAUUCUUAUGAUUUCUUGAUAAAUGUUCAAUAAAACAUUUUAUGAGACUUUA